CCAACCGCAAGAUCCUCGCCGCCUGGACCGUUUUCCACAUCCUCCAGCCGGAUUCCCCUGCACAGAGUUUCUCCGCAGCCUCCUGCCUGGAAUCGUCUGCACCUAGCUCCUCCUCCUGCCCGAGCGCCUCCUCCCGCCUGACGAGCUUCUCCACCCUGAGCGCCUCCUGCAGCCCAAGCCCGACUUCCAGCCCGAGCACGACCUCCAACCAGGAGCUCCACCGAAACUCCCCAGCCCCCAGGCCCAUCACCGACGCGCUCUCCCCAGGCUGCUGCACUCUGUUUCUGGGGAGAAGCGGCGCCCGCGAGUGGAGGUGGUCUCAAGCAGUAGGAGAUUUCGUCAUGUCGUCAUUCGCCGGUGUAUCUAUGCUCAUCGGCGAUGAGGUGCACACCACGCCGGCUGUCAACACCUGCGGGGACAGCGGGUACCACCUGCUUGUGGUAAAUGACUACUCGCGCACCUUACGAGAGAUACCCAAUGGCAAGGUAAAUAGCUCUGGGGAUUUCAUGGUAGGAGGCCAUAAAUGGUGCAUCUGUUACUGCCCUAACGGUGCGGACCCCAGUUGUGCGGACUUCAUCUCUCUCUUUUUUGCCCGUUGCUGUGACGAUGAUGGCAUUGAAGAGCCCGUGGAGGCCAAGGUCGAGUUUAGCUUCGUUGACCAGGUUGAGCAUCAAAAGCAGAUGCACAUUCGUGCUAGUAAAUCAUACAGCUUCUCUAGCAAAAGUCCAUCUUGGGGCUUCCCUCGAUUUGUGAGAAGAGAUAUCCUUGAACGAUCAGGUAAUCUAAAGGGUGAUUGUUUCACAAUCCGGUGUGACAUCAUGGUUUGCAAGGAUCUCAACACCAAGUAUGCCGGUGGCACCGUGUCUGACAUACAUCAACAUUUUGACUAUCUCCUUCAAAAUAAGGUGGGUACUGAUGUGACAUUUGAGGUCAGCGGCGAGACGUUCGCUGCACACCGGUGUGUGCUAGCAGCCCGAUCUACGGUCUUCAUGGCACAACUCUUUGGCCCCAUGUCAGAGGGCACUACGUCUAGUGCCAUACAGAUCAAAGACAUGCGAGCAAAAGUGUUUGCAGCUUUACUUCGGUUCAUCUACACAGAUUCAUUCCCGGAGAUUGACAAGAACAACUACCUGGAGGGAGACAAAGCAGAAGUUGUUGAACAAAGACAAGAGGAAGAAGUAGACUAUGUAAUGUGGGUGCAAGACUUGUUUGUAGCCGCAGACAGAUAUGAUCUCCAACGGCUCAAGCUCUUAUGUGAAGAUCUCUUGUCUGAGCAUAUAGGUGUGAGCUCUGUGGCAUCCACUCUUGCUCUAGCUGAGCAACACUACUGCUGCGGAUUGAAGAAUGCAUGCUUGAAGUUUAUCCAAGUCCAGUCUCCCAUGUGUGUAGAAAAAAUAAUGGCCACUGAUGAUUGGGAGCAUAUAACUAUGACCUAUCCCUCUAUUUUGAACGAGCUCAUUUCCAAGCUUGUAUCAAAUCAGAAGGACAAGAAGAGGAAUCACGAGAGGAUGUAAUGCAAGACCUGAAGUAACACCAUUAUGCAUGUAUGGGAUGUAAUCCUCUAGUUAGAUGGUAGUCUGUGUGUCUCGCUUUUGUUUCAUCAUGUUGCUGAGCCAGAAAGAGCCAACAUAUGGGAAAAUGUGGAGGCCUGUCAUUUUAGGUGUAAGCACACUGAUCUGUGCAAGUAACCUAGCUAGUCGUUUCUCCGUUGAUUGUCUUAUAUAUUGUACCUUCCUCUAUCAUGUAAACCCCUUUUCUAGUUGUUAUCAAGAACUAUGCUGAUGGUUUCCUGUUUUA